UAAUAUGAGUACUAUUUUAAGGCAGAAAAUUCCAACUGAAUUUUAAGAAACUUCCCAUAAAAUUCGCAUCCAACGGUAAGAAAAAAUUGAAGUAACCUCAACUACUACUACUGGCUUUUCUUCUAGGGCUUCCACCGCUUCAGACUUCAAUUCUCCCCAUUUACUGCCUUGUUGCCGGCCGCUUCUUGGUUUUUUUUUUUUUUUAAUCUCUCCAAUAUUCCUCCAACCAUCGGUUCCCCGUUCACUUUCAGCUACUGAAAAGGGAGGGAGACCAUGGCAGGGAAACUGCCAGGGGAUCCUUCUUAUCAUGAAAGGGCAAGAAAUUCAGCUAUAAAUCCCGUGCAAGAGGAGCCUGUGUGUUUCACUGGCAAAUGGUACUUCACUAGAGAAGAAAUAGAAGACAAUUCUCCAUCGAGGAGGGAUGGGAUCUCCCACAAAGAGGAGUCGCAUUCACGGAAGUUGUACUGUUCCUAUCUACAAGAGCUUGGCAUGGAGCUCAAAGUGCCCCAGGUGACCAUUGCAACUUCAAUGCUGUUUUGUCAUCGGUUUUAUAUGCGUCAGUCUCAUGCAAAGAAUUAUUGGCAGACUAUUGCUACUGCUAGCAUGUUCCUUGCCAGCAAAGCUGAAGAGACGCCUCGCUGGCUGAGUGAUCUUGUUGUUGUGGCUUAUAAGUUAGCAAAUAAAUGGGAUCCUUUUGCUCCGCAAAGAAUUAGGCAGAGGGAUAUUUAUGAUAAGCAGAAAGAAACAGUUGUACUUGGAGAAAGGCUUCUGCUGGCUACACUAGCUUUUGAUCUCAAUGUUGAACACCCAUACAAGCCACUUGUUGCAGCUGUAAAGAAGUUGGAUAUCCCACAUAAGGAAUUGGUAAAAGUGGCAUGGAAUUUUGUGAAUGAUUGGCUUCGUACAACAUUGUGUUUGCAGUACAAGCCACACUAUAUUGCGGCUGGUUCUUUAUUUCUUGCUGCAAAACUUCAAAAGGUGAAGCUGCCCACAACAAAAGGAAAUGUGUGGUGGCUGCAAUUUGAUGUUUCACCAAAACAAUUAGAAGUUGUCAUUCAGCAGAUGUUUAGAUUGCUGGAUCAGAACCAGAAACAGGUAUUGCCAUCAGCAGUAAGUAACAAAACCGUAUCCAAAUCUACAAGUGGAAAGGCAACACUUAGUAGCCCAGAAUCAUGUAUAUCAAAUGGUUCUAUUGCUGCUCAAGAUCCCAACAAUCGAUCGUUGUUGGACACUGAUGGAGCUUCAACAGAUGCUCAUUCAACACGCUAUCAAGCACAGCCAUGCAAUGGUGUCCAUAAUAAUGCCAAGGAAACAGAAGGUUGCCAGAUAAGUGAUUGUGGUAGCGCAAACAGCAUUGUUGAGGAUGGUGGUGAUGAGCUGAAAAUGGGACAAAUUGAACAGAACUCGGGUUCCAAGGGUGCUGCAUAUGAUGCUAGCUACAACAAAAUGGAUGUACAUCGAAUUAGAGAGAGAUUAAAGAAGAGGAGAUUGGACAGGGGAACAGAAAAGAAGUCAGACAUACAGGCUGAUUUAGAAGUAGGCAAUGAGGCUUGGAUAGAGAAAGAGCUUGAAAGCGGAGUAGAGAAGUUAUCUGCCUCUCCGGAGAAGCGAAAAAGGUGCUGAUGCAAAAGACGCUUUCCACUUGCUGAGCAGGAAACAUAACCAGGAUAGAAGGUUUCAAAAUGAAUUUGUGAACUCUACUGUCUGAAGUGUUAAGAAACCUUCAGUUGGAAGGUUUGAUUUCAUCUACUUCGAUUCGUAAGUACUUUAACUGAGUUAUGCAUUUCUGCUUUAUAAUGACGUCCAAGCCAAGGUUCUAAUUCUGAUUAUCCAUAAUCUUGCUAUUCAGAUAAAGCCAUGUAUGUAGUUUUUGGCGUCCAAAUUUCGAUGUAUAUAUGCAAAAAAAAAAAAAAAAAAAAAAAA